CACGUGAUUUUUGUCUCCGCCCAUAAAGACUUGCCCCUUUAGAUUCUAUUUCAAGAUGGCGUCCGGUGGUGGUUCUGAUUCAAGGGAUGGAGCUGUUAUGGAGGGUAUACUGAAAGAGAUGGGAGUCACUGAGUACGAGCCUAACGUGGUACACCAAAUGAUGGAACUGAGUUAUAGAUACAUUGUUAAUGUGUUAGAAGAUGCCAAGUUAUAUUCCGAAUAUGCUAACAAGACUGAGAUUGAUGAGAGUGACGUUAGACUAGCAAUACAGAACAGACUAGACCACUCCUUCACUGCCCCGCCCCCCAGAGAGUUUUUAAUUGAAGUUGCUCGUCAGAAAAAUGCGACGCCACUCCCACUUAUUCCAGAGAAGUUUGGGCCACGCCUUCCCCCAGAGCGUUAUUGUUUGACAGCUCAAAAUUAUAAACUGAAACACAAAAAGAAAGAAAUGCUGAACAAGCCUCAGUUGACAUUAUCUGCUACUUUUAAGACGACUUCAACUGGAGGAUUAACUAAACCACUCACCAGUCCACUGCUGCAAUCACUAGCUACACCAACUAAUCAAAAGUCACUCUCACUCACAAACAUGCCCAAGUUAUGAACUCUUAAUGUUUUCAUUGAAAUUAUACAAUUUAA